CGGUAAAAAAUACAGAAAGCCGCCGUUUGGUGCUGUCGUUUCGGCGACGUUCGCUAGCCAAACCGAACCCGAUUCCGAGCUAUUUUAGCGGAACACAAAGUGGGUCUUUAAGGGACACUCUCUUGUUACAACAAAGUCCACCUCGUUUUAUCAUGACAACGAGAAAAGGCAGCAGUGUGGCGGACACGGUGACUACCUCCACCACCAACCACCAGCACCAGCACCAGAACCAGCCGAGGAGCCGGAGUCCCAGCAGCGGGGUCCCGGCGUCCGAGGAAACGGGCGGAGGGGCGGAGAUGUUGGGGGAAUUUCAGGAGUGGUGCCUCCGGACGUACGGGGACUCCGGCAAGACCAAGACCGUGACCCGGCGUAAAUACAACAAAAUCCUCCAGACCCUGAUCCAGGGGGACGAAGAGAACAGCAACGGGGUGUUCCUGCACGAGAAGAAUAACAACCACAUCAACGCCAAAUUUAAAUUCUGGGUCAAGUCCAAGGGCUUCCAGGUCGGGACGCUGCAGGACGGCAAGAACGGGUCAUCGGACAGGCCGGUGCUGUACGUCCCCAUCAAGGCGACGUGCGUGGACGGAGUAUCGGGGCUGGACUCGUCCCUGAAGCGUGUGGCGGUGGUGGAGGAUUUCUUUGACAUCAUCUAUGCCAUGCACGUGGAGGUCGGCAGCGACCCAGGCAAAGCCCCGAAACACGCUGGCCAGAAGAAGACCUACAAAGCUAUAGCCGAGACGUACGCCUUCCUGCCCAGAGAGGCGGUGACUCGUUUCCUGAUGAGCUGUGGAGAGUGUCAGAAGAGGAUGCACAUCAGCACCACGGGACACGAGUACAAAGAGAACGACAGGCCGAGCUCUCUGGUGCUGGAGGUGAUCGACUACAACAUGCCUCUCACCACCACCUACAUGAAGCACAUGAAGCUGCAGUGCAUGGGCAGCAACAAGGAUGACAGUUCACUGAGCAGCGAGGAGGAGGCCGAGAUGAGCGAGCCCACGUGGCUAGCAGCUGAUCUGGGAGCAGCGUCUGACCUGAGCCCACCGAGCCGAGGAGAAAGGAUGCGCCCCAGUCCCCAGAACGCACACAGCAAGGAGGACGACGAGGACUCCUCGUCAGAGAGUGGCAGCAGGGGCGGGCUGCCAGCCCUGACCCCUCCCUCCUCCGCUGUGGCGGACGCUGCCAUAGUCAGGGAAACCAAGGUCAACGGCAACGGUGGUCCCGCCCCGCUGGACUUCAGCUCGCCUACUUCCUCCUCCUCACCCCCCGAGGACCAGCAGCCAAUGAACCUGAGCGACCCCCCCCCUCAGCGCCUGCCCCUGGCCGCCGCGCACCUGCCCGUCACUGUGUCGGCGGCGGCCGCGGCUCUGCUCGGCGCUCUGCAUCCCAGCGCGCCCGAGGAACUCCGCAGGAAGUACCCGCUGGCUGCCAAACCUCCCGUGGCUCCACACCCGGCGCUGCCUCUGCCGCUGGCGCACACACACACCCCUCACACACACACCGCGCACACUCCCAUCACACACUCCCAGUCCCACACACACACCGCCGAGCUGCGACUGGACCGAGACGGCAGGGACUACGGGGGCAAGUCCCCCCAGUACAGUUCGGGCGGCAGCUACGACAGCGUGAAGAUGGACUUGGGUGCCGAGGACCUGACCACGGGGCGCCAGGUUGCCCCUGACGACGAUGACGACGACCACGACGACCACGACGACAACGACAAGAUCAACGACGCAGAGGGAGUCGACCCCGAGAGACUAAAGGCCUUCAACAUGUUUGUGCGUCUGUUUGUGGACGAGAACUUGGACCGGAUGGUUCCCAUCUCCAAGCAGCCGAAGGAGAAGAUCCAGGCCAUCAUCGAGUCCUGCAGCAGACAGUUCCCAGAGUUCCAGGAACGCGCCCGCAAGCGCAUCCGCACCUACCUCAAAUCCUGCAGACGCAUGAAGAAGAGCGGCAUGGAGGAUAACUCCCUGAAAUGUGAUAGAAAACAGACCACAAGAUGUUUUAUGCAAAGAAAGAUGAAGAUUCUUAGCCUGUCUAGUUUGACCCGUCCUACUCCGCCUCACCUCACCUCAGCCAUGGCUGAGAACAUCCUGGCUGCCGCCUGCGAGAGCGAAUCACGCAACGCCGCAAAGAGGAUGCGCCUCGACACCUAUCACGAUGAGCAGAUCUCUCUGGACAAGCCGUCCAGCGGUGGAGGGGGUCUAAGGGAGCCGGCGUCCCUCGCUCACUCCGCCUACUCCCUGGCCGCAUCAGCCUUCUCCUCCCAGGACACCCAGCUCUACAUCAACGGAGCCGGCCUCAGCUACGGUUACCGUGGAUACCCGGGCCUGGGCGCAGCCAUGCAACACCCCGUUUCCCUGACAACCGGCGCUGCUGCUCAGAGCAACGGCCCCACAGACCUCAGCAUGAAGUCUCUCUCCUCUGCCAACAUCAGUAACUCCUCCUCCUCUGCCUCCGCCAACAACAGCCUGGGUGGGCGGGGCAGCGGGGGUGGCGGAGGGGGCGGGGCCUCGACCCAGCUCAGCCAACCGGAGAUCACAGCUGUGCGUCAGCUGAUUGCCGGCUACCGGGAGUCGGCCGCCUUCCUGCUUCGCUCGGCAGACGAGUUGGAGAACCUCAUCCUGCAGCAGAACUGAUCUGGGGGAAACGUCAGAGAAUACACACACACACACACACACAGACACACACACAUACACUUCCCAUUGUUUUUGUGUCCGUCUGCGUCCCCUGUCUCUCCUCAUCGACGCUGAACACCAGACCUCUUUUUUUUGUGCUAUUCCCUGCCUUCUCUUUGAUAACAGAGGGACAGAGUGAGGAUGAUGAAUCCAAACCCCACCAUCCCUAAAACAAUCCCCCCUCACAACCUCCAUCCAUCCAUUCUGAAAAUGAAAAAAAAAGGAGCAUUUGGACUCUGAAGGGAUUUCUUCCUCUCCUCUCUGGGAGCACCUCACAAUCAGCACUACACUCUGAGCCAAGGAGUGAGGAGGAGAGGAAGAAAGGAGGAGAGGAGCCUGAAAGAAGAGUAAAAGAGACUGUUGGAAAAAAAAAGAAAAGAAAGACUUUGCCUCCUCGUGGCUGGAGAAGUGAUGUUUGUGGAGCUCCAAGUCGGGGAGUUUUGAUUGACGGGUGCCCUGGCCAACGCCGUCUUAUGAUGAUAACAAUUUAAAAAAUGAAUACUGACUCCCUGAAUUAGUACGACUGAAGCUGUUUGUUAAAUGACAAGUGUUUUUUGAUUGGAUUGAGUAUUUAAUUUGUUCUUCUUUUUGGGGGAGUCCAGUGAGCAUUUGUUUAGUUUUUGACCCUUCCCAAGUGACUGGAAGAAAGAGGCGGUUUGACUUAUCCACACAGAUAGCACUAAAUAGGAAAACCAGACUUCGAGUCCCGAGGGGCGAGAGGAUGGGAACUGGACAAGAAAAAGAGGAGUAGUUGUUGUUGUUGUUGUUGUUGUUGUUGUCGUGCUGCAGGCUUGUAUAUAAGCUCUCGGUGUCCUUUAGCACUUUUCCCUCACCUGACACCCCCGUCCUCCUCACCCCCUUUUACCCAGGGAGCUCCUUGCUACUUAUGCAUCCAAGACGCCAUGUGGACCACCAGGAAAUACCUCAGAUCAGACCUGCCAACUCCAUUUUCAGUUCCUCACACACACACACACACACACACACACACACACACACACACACACACUCACAUAAACAUACACACACUCUGCAAGUGAAUGGUAACAUUCCCACCAGAAGCCAGUUUACUUCUACUUUACCACCCGAUGUCUUCAAGGUUUAUAUAUAUUUUGGGGUGGGGGAUCAAACUGUAUUUCACAAAAGACCUGUAAUGUGGAAACGAUGAAGCAUUCAAGAACUGAUGAUGUAAACACUGAAAUCUUUUUUUCUUUCAUGUGCUGCUGUAUAUAACCACUUCAUGUAGAAAGACUUGAGAAGAAUCCGA